AUGUUGCAAAAGGAGCCUUUUUUGAGGUAUCCAGCUGAGUACCUGAAAGCACUGACAGAGGAAGACAAGAAGGAGCUGAAAGGCUUCAUGUCCACGGGAAAAGUGGACCAGUGGCUGCUUGAGAUGCACGAGUUCCUCCUGUUGAGUCUGGGCCGCCUGAGGGCCACCGACGACUACAAACCAUCCUGGAGUGUGAAAGAGACGGUGUGUGCCUACAUGGACCGUAAACAAGUGGAGGUGCCUCCUUACGUGGAGGACAAGUUUCCUGAAAAUCUGCUGAUGUCCCAGAUUGUGGAAACCUGGAAAUGUGCCAUCACAGCCAAACAGGACUGGAUGAUGGAGGGAUGAACGGGAUGACUUCAGAUUCAGGUUAAUUGCUGAUUAUACAUAUUCGAAACGAAUGAGGUUAGAUUUGACUUUUUUUCUUUUAUUUGUUUGUGUUUUUAUUGAUGUUUCUGAGAUGAUUAUGUAUGAAAGACAAACAGAAUGACCUUAAGACUCUUAAAGACAAUGAAGCAUAACAAAACUGAUUGAACUUGAGUAAACACAGCCUUGAAUAUACAGUUUGUUUAGUGUUAUCAUGAGCCAGCUGUUCAUUUACUGCCUUUUGUCACUAUAUUAGAAAUCAUUUGAAGGCUCAUUUGAAGAAAAUAUCAGGAUCUACUCAAGAAAAUGUUGUGACGUUGACAAUCAUAUACUCUGUAACUGUUUUAUAUUAUCUUUUUCACGAUUGCUUUUUAUAUUAGAAUUCA